GUAAAAUUGUGGUUGGAGUCCAAUUUUAUAAUUACAAAAAUAUAUUGCCUCACUAUGUCAACGGCAAAUAAUACGAAUUCGAAUAGUCAAAUUAAGGACGGAGAAGGAAGACGCGAACAGAUGGACACGGACGAGCCGCUAAAUGCGACCUUCGUGGCCACCAGCCCACACCACAUUGAUGGGGUCGCACUCUGUGCAAGCAUCACGAUGGACACCAGCUCGAUGGCCGUGGCCAAGGCCGAUUUCUCGAUCCACAUCUUUGCGCUAAAGCUGCAUGUGAUCGGCACAGAGGCGGACUUGACCAAAGGAGAGACAUUCACACUCAGUGGUCAUAGAUGCACAGUCUACAUGGGACAGUUUUCGCCCGAUGGCGGACACCUACUAACAUGCUCGGAAGACUUUGAAAUGCGUUUGUGGAGCAUGCAGGUUCCGAGCUGUGUGAGCAUCUGUAUCCAAUCUACGGGCUUCGUUCGUGGCAUCGCAUUUGAUGCCUCAAAACCCUCUUUUAUUGCCACUGUCGUGGAAACUGGCUAUGCAUGCCUUUGGAAGGUGGACGAGCCGUGGGUACUUUGCAAGCAAAGGAUUUUCCAGGAACCGGAACUGACGGCCUGCAUAUUUCGUCCGCUCCACAAUCACAUUGUCUCUGGCUCGGCUUCAGGCAGGAUCCGCAUCUGGGAUAACACUUCAAACAAAAUUUCCGUAACCUGUCUUCUGGGUUCCGAUACGCCGAUCACUGCCCUGGCCAUCUCCUCGUGCAGUUACAUCCUGGUUGCUGGUACCCAAGACGGUCUAAUCUUUGUCUGGAACAUAUCCCAAGGUGAAAUGGUGCUCCGCUUUACCCAACACAAGGAAGCCAUUUCCUCGAUUGCCUUCGCCCCGGACAACAGCCUCUUCGCGGUGGGCUGCAAGGACACCCAGAUGAGUGUCUGGAACAUUGAGCCGUUCACAAGCAACCUCAUCUUACUACUGGGAUCGCGUAGCAGCGAGUGUGGCAAAAUACUGCAAGUUCGCUUCGUCAGCGACAGUCAGGUGACAGCCAUCUGCCUGGAACCAUCAGAUGUGGACACAAAGGCUUAACGCUCACCAGAGCCAGACAACGAGAAUAAGCAACGG